GUUACUUGAGCAGUGUCCUGUCUCCUACUGUCACACUCCCACCGAGCCCAGACACACAGACAGAGAGACCCUGCAGCCGGCCCGCUCCCUGGUCCUGAUCAAAGAAGAAGGCCUCUUCAUACUUUAUCCUUCUUUGGACCGAACGUUUUGGUCGUGUGGAGUUCUGGUUUUAAUCCAAGCGCCUCGUCUUCGUUCCGCCGUCGCCUCCCUCCUUCAGCGACCCGCCGCCCAGUUACCCUUGGCGGGAGGAAGACGCAACUUGACCCCGCCAUGUUUCUGGCACUGGUGGUGACGCCGGAGCUGAGGCAGUUCCUGGCCAGGGCGAGAGGCGGAGCGGCGCGCCUCAUCAAAGUCUGCAUCAAGGACGAGCAGCUGGUGCUGGGGGCCUACAGAGAGCCACAGCAAGACUGGGACCAGGAUUAUGACCACUUCCUGCUUCCUCUCCUGGACGCCCAGGAGCCCUGCUACAUCCUGUACCGCCUCGACUCCCAGAAUGCUCUGGGCUACGAGUGGAUUUUCAUCUCAUGGUCUCCGGACCAAUCUCCAGUGAAGCAGAAGAUGUUGUACGCCGCCACGCGUGCCACGGUAAAGAAAGAGUUUGGCGGCGGCCACCUGAAGUACGAGAUGUUUGGCACCACGGAGGAGGACAUCUGUUUGCAGGGCUACCAGCAUCACGUGUCGUCCUGCUCGGGUCCGGCCCCUCUCACGUUAGCCGAACAGGAGCUGCAAAGGAUCAAAAUCACAGAGGGCUGGGUGAAACAGGUGAAGACAGAAAUCAGCGUGGAGAGCAAGCACCAGACACUUCAGGGCCUUGCCUUUCCGCUGCAGGAGUCAGCCAAAAGAAGCCUUCAUCUGCUGGCCCAGAGACGCAUCAACUAUGUGCAGCUGAGGCUGGAUGUGGAAAAGGAGACGAUAGAACUGGUCCACUCCAACCCGACAGAAACUCGUGAUUUACCCCGAAGGGUUCCCAAAGACACUCCCAGAUACCACUUCUUCCUUUACAAGCACUCCCACGAAGGAGAUUACCUGGAAUCAGUUGUGUUCAUAUACUCAAUGCCAGGAUACAGCUGCAGCAUUAAGGAGCGGAUGCUGUAUUCCAGCUGCAAGAGUCGACUACUGGAGGAAGUGGAGAGGGAUUACCAUUUGGAAAUAGCCAAAAAGCUGGAGAUCGACGACGGAGACGAGCUGACGGAGGAAUUUCUGUACGACGAGGUCCAUCCCAAGCAGUACGCUCACAAACAGGCCUUUGCAAAGCCCCGGGGCCCUGCGGGGAAAAGGGGACAUAAGCGUCUUAUUAAGGGGGCAGGACAGGCCAUUCAGGACAGCUAGAGACAGAUGAUGAAAAAUAAAGGGUAUCUUAUACUAGCAUCUGCAUUUUCAGGCCUUCCUUCCUGUUUCUCCAAAUAUUGAAAGUGUUUUUUGUUUCCUUUAGACAGUCACUGUUGACCUUUGUGAUAAUGUUUUACAGACGAAUUGUCACUUGUAUAAGACUAGCUGCUCUCAAGGCUUUGUGAUUUGUAAAGUAUGCAUGCUUAAAUGUUCAGGGAAGCCUUUAAAUUAAAAAAUUUUAAUAAACGUUUAGAAGAAAUGAACAAUAUGGAAUGAAAUCCAUAAUACCCUUUUGUUUACACUGUGGUAUCAGACGUUUUUUUCUUAAGAUUUUUGCAUUUUUAUUGUCUGCAGAUAUCCAAUAUAUUUAUUAAACACACAAUAUGUUGACGUGU